UCCGCUUUCUUGUGCGGUGGAGUAUAAAAAAUUUCCGUCUCGGAGUGUUUUUUUCUCUUCCUGGACAGGAAGCUACCUCUAGGAGGUUGUUGACACAUUGGACUUCUAUUAAAAAAUGGUGUUUAGGGGUAGACCUAGUAAGGCCUGCUUUGCGUGCCGCGGCAGACGAAUCAAGUGCGAUAAAAAUCAAUUGGGAUGCGGUCAAUGCUCGCGUAUGGAGAUACCUUGUCCGGGUUAUCCCGACCCUAUAGAGCAAAGCUACCGCGACCAAAGCGAAAUUGUUAUGAAAAAGGCGGAGGCGAAUUACAGAAAAGGAUCGCGCCGCAGAAUCAAGGCGAAUACAUGUUCGUCCAACACGUCGAGCGUGACAACACCUUUGGGUUCAGAAGUCUCCCUCGAAACGGGAUUGGAAGCAUUAUGCCACAAUCCGUCACUGCACCUCGACACGAUUGCGGUUACAGAAUUCAUGACUACUUACAUACCACAAAGUCCGUUCGACUAUCUAUCAAAAAUAAGCACGCACCAGGACCCAGAAGGAUUAAUGUCCAUUAAUAUACGGGCUGUUUCGCUUGCUAUGGCUGCUUCCAAACUUAAAGAUCUUCGUCUUCUGCAUCCUGCGAGACGGCUAUAUGCAACUGCGUUGUCUGAUACGAACACUGCCCUCAUCAGACCUGGGGAAGCCACCCGAGAUAGUACUCUCGUAUCGGUUCUUCUUCUAGGUUUAUUCGAGGCUUUGGCCUGCCAGGUAACAGGAGCUUCCAGUAAUUGGGCGGCGCACACUCGAGGUGCCCUGGCAUUACUACGGCUACGUGGGAAAGAUCAAUUCCGCAGCGCACUAGGUCGUCGGUUAUUUGACCAGAUGUGUGGCAUUCUGACUUUCGACACGAUGAUGCGUAAAAUGCCUUUGCCGCCGGACCUAUUGGAGCUUGUUUCAAUCGCACAACAGCUGCAUUGGGAAAGCCCCAGAAUAUCUUUCGUCAAUUUGGUUGGGGAGAUAUCGGAACCACCAUGUGUCUUAUGGGACAUCAAUCUGCUCCCAUCAGCGAAAGUGGCAAAAGCUUUGUCGCUGGAUCAAAGGGUAUUACAAUUUACCAGGGGAUUACCAUCGGAUUAUGGAUACCAAGAAUUUCAUCAAACAACGGAACAUACACUGAAAUCUGGGUGGGAUACUUACGGAUGCAUCAUACACCAGUACGGCCAUCACCAUGCUGCUAGGCUGUGGAACGCUUGCAGGGUGUUGCGCAUCAUGCUCAACAGUGUCAUUCACCGCGCCCUGCGCGAGUUGCCAUUAUCUCAUGAAGGGAAAUGGGCGCAACAACGUGCGGUCGCAACUAUCAAAGAUGCUGCUACAGAUAUUUGCGCUACUGUUCCCCAAUUUUUGGAUCCGGCGAAGUACGAUACUAUCGGUAUCGAGGCAUCACGCGAAGCACGCGUCGCGACCCUCAUAGCUGCUCUAUCGGUUGUAAAAGCCGAGUCACUAGCACCUCAGACUGCAAAAAGUUAUGCCGCAGAUCGACUGAAACAUCUGGGGAAGCAAUUCAAAGUUCCUCAAGCAGAGAGCGCAGCGAACGGCUUGGGUCUCGAUGUGCUCCAUAGCGGCUUUCACAUGUUCUACGUAUACUGAAUUGAAGUAUAUCCAGC